CUGUCUUAGUGUCUUCCCCAUUUGAUUGGAAAACACGACUCUGUGAGCAUAGUCUCUCAUCCUCCGAUUAUUCCCUUCUCUGGAAAGAAUAUCCAUAACCCAGUGCUUGCAUCAAUUAAUUAUCAAAACAACACCAAACCCAAAAGAAUCAAAAAAAGCCCCCCCAAAAAAAAAAAAAUUAAAAUUCCAUUGGCACUGUUUGCCUGAAACCAGAACCAUCAUGUUGGCCCCUUCUCUCUCCAUAAACCCAUCUCUCUCUCCUCCUCUCUUUGCCUGUAAAUCCCCUUUUCCCCCUUCUAACUUGAAACCCACUUAUCCAAUUUGUGUAAAAAUCGAAUCUUUGAUGUCAAAAAGGAGUAAUUUGUUGAGAAGCUUGAGGGUUAGAGUAUUCAGCGAAAGACCCUGUACAGUAGUUAGCUGUAGCAGCAGCAAUAUGACUGUUAGAGAGUAUGAAGAAGAUAGAAAUGGGGUGGAGGAAAAUAGUCCUCCUUUGCUCGAGCCUGAGAUGAAUUCUAAGCCCAGACGUAUUGCUCUCUUUGUUGAGCCUUCUCCCUUUGCGUAUGUAUCUGGAUACAAAAACAGGUUCCAGAAUUUCAUUAGAUAUCUACGUGAAAUGGGGGAUGAGGUUAUGGUUGUGACGACACACGAAGGAGUGCCUCAGGAAUUUUACGGAGCUCAACUAAUUGGCUCGAGAAGUUUCCCUUGCCCGUGGUACCAAAAGGUACCGCUUUCCCUAGCACUGAGCCCGAGAAUAAUAUCAGCAGUUGCUCGAUUCAAGCCCGAUAUAAUACACGCAUCAUCACCGGGCAUAAUGGUAUUUGGUGCUCUCAUCAUUGCCAAAUUGCUAAGUGUGCCUAUAGUGAUGUCAUAUCACACUCAUGUCCCUGUAUAUAUACCAAGAUAUACAUUUAGCUGGCUAGUCAAACCAAUGUGGUUAAUCAUAAAAUUUCUACACAGAGCUGCCGAUCUCACACUGGUGCCGUCUGCUGCUAUUGCCAAGGAUUUAGAAGCCGCUCGGGUCACAGCUGCUAAUAGGAUACGACUCUGGAACAAAGGUGUCGAUUCUGAAAGUUUCCAUCCGCGUUUCCGCUCGCAACCCGACAGGCCGCUAAUCGUUCACGUAGGACGGCUCGGAGUCGAGAAGAGUUUGGAUUUUCUUAAACGGGUCAUGGACGAACUUCCGGAGGCUCGUAUAGCUUUCAUCGGCGAUGGCCCGUACAGGGACGAGCUGGAGCAAAUGUUUUCGAACAUGCCAGCUGUAUUCACGGGCACGCUCCACGGAGAUGAGCUGUCACAGGCAUACGCCAGCGGGGACAUUUUCGUCAUGCCCUCGGAAUCCGAGACGCUCGGCCUAGUCGUGCUCGAGGCCAUGUCAUCAGGGCUCCCUGUGGUUGCGGCCAGGGCUGGGGGCAUAACGGACAUUUUACCAGACGAGCAGCAAGGGAAAACGGGAUAUCUGUACAACCCGGGUGACCUUAACGACUGCCUGAGCAAGCUCAGGCCACUUAUGAAGGAUCGUGAGCUUAGGGAGUUUAUAGGCCGCGCGGCCCGUUUGGAGAUGGAGAAGUACGAUUGGAGGGCUUCGACUCGGAAAAUACGAAACGAGCAAUAUAAUGCGGCUAUUUGGUUGUGGAGGAAAAAGCGAGCCCAGUUCGUGAGGCCUUUCCAGUGGCUGUUCAGGCGUGUUUUUCGGGCUCCGGUGGCCGGAAUUUGAUUGUGGGAUCCGGUUUUUCGGGUUACUAUUUUUUGACUUUAGAGUGUUUAUUAUAUCCUUUUUUUUUAUUGUGUAAAACUAUCAUAUUUCUGAAAGUAAAAUGGCUCCGGGACUUAAGGUAUAAAGAUGUAUGGUAUUAAUCUAAACUAGUACGUAGCCCGUGCGAUGCACGGGUCUGAAUUUCCAGAUAGCCUGUCCAUUAGGUUUAAAAAAAUAGAGUUAGAUCGUCUAUUUUACACCUCUUUUGAUCAUCGUUAUUUUUUACUCUAGUAUGUAAAUUAAUUAUUAGCUCUAGUAUGUAAAU